CACCGGUCGAGCGGAAUUGAUUUCAAUUUCACGGCAUUAACUUGUAAGAACAAUGGAUUCAUCAGAUGAUCAAUCGGAGUAUUCGCAGGAAGAGAAUGAAUCUUCCGUAGAAGAGGGCUCGAGCAAUGACGACUCACAAGACGAAGAAGAUGAUGUGCCCAAACUGGCCGAUGAUGAGUUUAAAGAAAUACCGUUCGAAGAUUUGCUUAAACUGCAAAAGAAACUGGGCACUCGGAUGUACAACGAAGCGAUCUUUGGUAAAACGUCGGACAAACCGUCACAAGCUGAGGCAACAAAGUCGGCGAAGAAACGUAAAUCUGAACCAGACACCUCCAAUAGCGAGUCGGACGAUGAUAGUGGACCGGAAGAGGUCAGUGCUAGAAGGAAAACGCCACACCCCGGGAAGACAAAAAAGAGGAACUACGACGAGCCCAACCAAAGACCGAGGGAUCCUCGGUUCGAUCCACAACAAGGCUAUUUUAAUGGCCGAAAGUUUCGCGAAGACUACGGGUUUGUUAAUGAUAUGCGAACGAAAGAAUUGAAGAAAUUACAGAACCGAAUGCAGUCAGCUACCGAUCCGGAGGAGGGAGCAAAGCUUAAGUUUUUGGUGCAACGUACCGAGAAUCAAAUCCGUGAGUACGCUAAGCAGCGGAAGCAGGAUGAAACGAAGCGACAAGAGAAACAGCAAGCACGGCAAGCGAUCAAGGAUGGUAAGCGACCUUUCUACGAGCGAAAGAGCACCAAAAAGGCCCGGGAGUUGGUGGAGCAGUACGACCGACUCAAGCAAGAUGGUAAACUGGCGAAGCACAUCGAUAAACGAAGAAAGAAAGUGUCGGCCAAGGAUAGGAAAAAGUUGGAUUUCUCUACGUAACCCGCCAUGCUUCUGUUUAUUCUACAAUUGUUUCCAAUAAAUCGUGCGUUUACCC